AGGACUGGGGGGUCUGGCUUGUUUUCUCUCGCCUCUCCAGCUCAGCAGGUGGUGGUGAAGCAGCUAAAGCUGGUCUAAAAGCCUCCUGAACAUACAGAAGAGCUCCAGCUGCCACGCCAGACACAUUUUGGGGGUUACAGUUUAUUUAUGAUGAGUGAGAAACACAUUGGCAGCACACUUGGCACAUUGUUGUUCGAAGUUUCCCGCCCGGUCCACCUUAAAUGGUGCAGCGGUUGCGCUCUGGCGUUUUAAGGUGGAACGGGACAAUUCGAACAAGAAGCCGACUUCGGCCCCGCUGACACAGCCCUGCUUCCCCGCCGUGCCGGGUCACACCAGCGCCUGUCCCCGGACUGAAGCUGAACCAGCUUGGGUACAUGUUUCACUGAGCCCAGACCUUUUUCCCAGUCAUGGUGAAAGACCCCAACAGGCCGAACGGCAGGACCUCUGCGUACGCGUUCUUCGUCCUGUCCUGCAGGGAUGAGCUCAGAAAGAGAAGCCCCACCAGUCCAGUGAACUUCACCACGUUCUCCAAGGACUGCUCAGAGCAGUGGACGGCCAUGAGUCCAUCAGAGAAGAAGAAGUUUGAGGACAUGGCGAAGGCUGACCAGGCUCGCUACGAGGAGGAGAUGAAGCACUACGUUCCCCCAAAAGACGUGGGGAAGAAGGGAAAGAAGAAGGACCCCAGGACCGCCAAACGACCCCCGUUUUCUGUCUUCAGUUCUGAGCUCAGACCCACGGUGAAAAUCAUGGUGAAAGACCCCAACAGGCCGAACGGCAGGACCUCUGCAUACGCGUUCUUCGUCCUGUCCUGCAGGGAUGAGCUCAGAAAGAGAAGCCCCACCAGUCCAGUGAACUUCAGCACUUUCUCCAAGGACUGCUCAGAGCAGUGGACGGCCAUGAGUCCAUCAGAGAAGAAGAAGUUUGAGGACAUGGCGAAGGCUGACCAGGCUCGCUACGAGGAGGAGAUGAAGCACUACGUUCCCCCAAAAGACGUGGGGAAGAAGGAACCUCCUAAAAAACCCACGUCGGCGUUUUUUAUCUUCUGCUCUGAACUCAGACCAACGCUGAGAAGCGAGUAUCCCAACUUCUCUUUGAGUGAAAUCGCCAAGAAGCUGGUUGAGAUGUGGUCGAAGCUGGACACCGAAGGCCGCGCGCCCUUCGAGCAGAAGGCUGUCCUGCUGCGUGGGAAGUAUGAGAAGGACGUGGCCACGUGCCGCGCUGGAGGCGGAGCUCCUAAAAGAGGACCCGGCGGACCUGCAGGCUCCACCAAGAAAGCCCAGGCAGGACCUGAGGGUGAAGAGGACGAAGACGAGGAGGACGACUGUGACGAUGACGACAUGGAGGACGAAGAGGAUGAAGAUGAGGAGGAGGACGAAGUUGAUGACGACAUGGAGGAUGAGGACGAGGCCGAAGAGGAUGAAGACAGCGACGACCUGGUGGACGAAGAGGAGGAGGAGGAGGAUAAAGAGAGGACUUGAACUGUGUGAACUGUGCAGGGUUACUUAACUGUGUGUGUAGCCGUUCGGCAGUCCGAGCUCUUUCACUGCCCCCUUGUGGCUCCACAGCUGAAUCAGAUCAGUAAGUAAUAAUAAAAUAAUCCUCCUCUACA